AUGGUUCCGCCACCCCCACCUCCACUCAGACAACAACCUCCGGUGCCUGGACCUGCCAUGGUCCCAGUUCUACAUCCUGAUGUAUUACCUCCUGGAAUAUCACGUUUCCCUCCAGUAGCACCUCCAUACAUACGGGCACAUUUAUCUGCUAGUGGACUUCCUGGUCAAGCUCCUCCUGAAAUGAUGGUCCCACUAAUGCCCAGACCACCUUUGGGUCCUCCACCAAUGAUGAGACCACCACUUCCUCCCGGUCCUCCCCCUACUGCAAUGGAUGAUUAUAAUUAUGCACAUCGACCACCCUUACCACAGAAACCUUCAUACGUUAAAUCUGCAGCACCUACUGUCCCUACAUCAUUUCGAGUAAGGAGGGAGAUUUCUGCCCCAAAAGCAAAACCAAAGCCUUCGCUCUCAACCGUGGCAACGGCAGCAGCCAAGUCUUUAACUCCUACCAUUGUGAAGCAAGAAUCCACCAGCUCAUCGUUGGCUCCAAAGGCACAGAGUAUUGACGACUCGUACACUGCAUUUUUGGAAGAUACGAAAGCACGAUCAGAAUAA